AUUUCUGUUAAAGGCGUUCAACAAGCAACAUCACAAAUCUAAGCGAGACAGUAUAAAUUUUAAAGGAUGAACUCAAUGAUAAUUUUGUUUCCUGGAUACUUGUAUACAGCUUUAAUAAUUUUAGGAAAUGCCGUGAGAAGCGAUUCAUAUGCUGUAAAUAAAAGCAGUAAUGUUGAAAGUCAUGAUUGGAGCUAUCCUGAGUUUGGAAAAGUAUCAAUGCACAGUAGUGGAAGAAGGCCGGAAAAAAUGGAAAUGCAACGUUAUAAUCGAGACGCUGAUCGAAACAUUACUUUAAAACGGGGUGUGAAAACAUAUCAAUCGCCAUCCGAAAAAAUAACAAAACACAAAAUAAAAUAUAAGCCGUCAAAUGCUAGAAGGAAAAAUGUUGGUCACAAUUACUCCGAUAAUAAUUCGGAGAGUAAGCAUUAUCAUACAUUUGAAGAAAUUCAUGAGCACAUAGAAGAGGAUGAUGGACAGUACCAAGCCUCUGAGCAAAUCGGAACACAAUCAAUCCUCCACGAAAACGUAAAAGAUCAUUCGAGUAAGGAUGGAAAGCGGAUGAGAGUUAAGAUUAAACAUCACCAUCACCACCAUCAUCACAAUCACAUUAAGGAAAUGAUAAAAACCGUUCCACAACCUUACCCCGUGGAAAAGGUUGUGCACGUACCCAUUGAGAAAAUUGUGGAAAAGAUCGUUCAUGUUCCAAAGCUGGUGAAUGUUACGGUUGAGAAAAUAAUUCACGUACCAAUCGAAAAAAUCGUUGAGAAGGUGAUUCACAUUCCAAAACCGGUUCAUGUACCAAAACCGUAUGUAGUCGAGAAAAUAGUUGAAAAAAUAGUUCAUGUUCCGAAACCAUAUCCCGUUCUUCGGACAGUUCCGUAUCCGGUGGAAAUCAAAGUUCCAGUCGAGAAGAAAGUUCCAGUUCCCUUUAAAGUUGAGGUAGAACGCAAGGUUCCCAUUUACAUUCGAUCCAGUGAGCCAUAUAAAUUCGAGCCGUCACCUUUUGAAAACUAUCCCCGUGCUGAAGAGUUUAAAUUUAACAUGGAACUUGAUCAUCCGCCGCCAAGAGAACAUGAACCUUCUUCCCUGCCUUCAUCCAAUUACUAUAACAGGGUAUACAAAUCCAAAGAGCUGGAACAUCCUCCCAGGAUAGAAGACUAUCGAAAUGCAAUACCGCCGCAAUAUAAUCACGAAUACGUAACCAAAAGUAAUAUUGAACCAACUUCUUCUGGACGUGAUGCAGUUUCUCUGAAACUUGUGGGCCCCACUAACCAUUUUAAUAUUACGGGAAAAGAUUUGGAAGCCGCCAACUCAGCUCCAGAAUUUCUAAAUAGUUCAAAUUUAGACUUAAGUCCGCAGGAAUCUUCUAAUGCCUUCCGCGGGAUUCCCUUUUCCAUGCCAUUCCAAUUUGUUCAGCUGCAACCAAUGGCCUUUCAAAAUGCUAUAAAUAUGGAGUUACAAGUUCCAUCGACAGCGGCAGAGAUAGCUCAGAAGUAA